ACUCUCUCACAGUUCUGUAUCAGUCUCCCAAAUGGGAAUGUAUGUAUGUUUCCUUAGCAAACAACCCAGGUGAUUCUGAUGGGCACCUGGGUGUGGGAACCACUGCAGUAGAUGAUCUCUUCUGACGCUAAGAGGUCACUGAGCCUGAUGCUGUUUUAGCCAGUUUUGAGUGGGGCUGGACCUGGUGGAGGUGAGGGAAUGCCAGACCUCUCUCAGGGUGUGUGCUGGGGGGACCCCAGGGAAUCUGAGAAGGAGGAGGCAGUUACCAGCUUUCACGCCUGGCACGGUGCAGGUUCUCUGCUACCUGUCUUCAGUUCCUACCACGGAAAAUAAGUGCCGGGUGUUUUUAUAAUGGCUACACAUAUUACUCAUGACUUCCAUGGUCGUGAUAAUAAGUUUCUGGAAAAUCAUUGUGUGAGGAGAAACAAUGACAGAGAUCCAAAGAAGCAAUUGGACCAGAAGGAUAUCCAUGGACUUGACCAAAAUCCAGACAAUGGACUACUGGUUACACAUGUUAACCAGACACAAGACUUACUGAGGCUGCAGGGAGAUGAGACCCAACCUUCGGCUUGGGAGGACUCAGAAGACUGGCUUUCAACACGCAGUUUACAGUUUGAGAGGCUCACCCUGGCUGACCUGCUUAGCCAGGGCACCGCUGUGCUGGAGGAAGGCAGCAAUGUGAUGAGGAAAGUGCACUUCUCCACCCAGAUCAUCCACCAGUUUGAAUCAAGGCUUUCUGAGGCUAUUAAACUCUACCAACAGCGAAUCCAGUGGCUCACAGAAAGCAGCAGAAAGGCAUUUGGUCUGAUCAAGGGAGCCAGAGUCGCCAUUGUCAUUGAUGUGUCAGCCACGAGCAGUGGCUCUCAGAAAGAGGAGUUCCAAAAUGACUUCCUGAGCCUCAUCAAUGAGCAGCUGAGCCACAAGGAGAAGCUGUAUGUCCUGUCCUUCGGCACUGCCACCAGCGCCCUCUGGCCAGACCCCGUGGAUGUCAGCACCUCCACCCUCCAGGAACUCAAGCUCUGGGUGAAGAAGCUGCAACCUGAUGGAGGCAGCAAUCUGCUACAAGCCCUGAGGAAGAUCUUCACCCUGAAAGGGCUGAAUUCUCUGGUGACCAUAAUGGGAAGCUGCCCAGAUCAGCCUUCUGAAAUUCUGUCUGACUAUAUCCAACAAUCAACCAUGGGAAUGGGCCUCAUCACCCACAUCAUCACCUACAAAUGCAGCAAUCAGGUGCCCCUUGCUGUCCUAAAGAACCUUGCAGAACAUCUUGGGGGCUACUACCACUGCUACAGCCCAGAAACGGAGGUCUACACCAGCUGGGACAUGGAUCAGCUGCUGGCAGAAAUCCAGAAAGCCCAGAGCCUCCUGGGCCACAUCCAAGCCUUGUGCCAAAAGACCCCCUGUGAGGAGCUAACCGGCAUGAUGAAGGAGAUUUCCACAGAGAUUGCAAAAGGGCCACUCACAGGUCUCUUGCCUAAACCCCCAAAGCAUGAGGGUCCCCUCACAAUUGAGUUCCCAAACUUGGACAAGACUUCUGCAGAAUGGCUAAAGAUCAAUGGCCUAAAAGCCAGGAAGCUAAGCCUUUAUCAGGUUCUGGCACCCAAUGCAUUCUCUUCUGUGGAGGAAUUUGUGCCUAUUCUCCAGAAAACAGUAUCUUCCACUAUCCAUGAGAAGGCAAUGGUACAGUUUGAAUGGCAUGACGGGACAGUGAAGAAUGUUCACGUGGACCCGCCCUUCCUCUAUGAGUACCAGAAACAGCUCAGCAGAGCUAUGCGGAUGUAUGAGAGACGGAUUGAGUGGCUCUCUUUGGCCAGCCGAAGAAUCUGGGGCACCGUCUGUGAAAAAAGAGUGGUUAUACUGCUGGAUAUCUCUGUGACCAAUUCCAUGUACAUUAUUCAUAUCCAGCACUCCCUGCGGCUUCUGCUGGAAGAACAGUUGUCCAACAAGGACUGCUUCAACAUCAUCGCGUUUGGAAGCACAAUUGAAAGCUGGAGGUCCGAGAUGGUUGCCGUGAGCCAUGAAAACCUACAAAGCGCCUGGCGGUGGGCCCUGACUCUGCAGUGUCGGGGCAGCAGGAAUGUCCUCAGCGCCCUGCGGAAGGCUGUGGAAGUGGACUUCAAGGACAAAGACAAACACCAGUCACAGGGCAUCUACCUCUUCACAGGGGGCAUCCCUGACCAGGACAUGCCCAUGCUCAGCGCCUACAUGACUGAGGCCUGUGGGGGCUGCGACCUCCACUUGAACGUGUGUCUCUUCUACGUGGGUGAGCCCCAGAUGGACAUCAUGCCCCCUGCCUGCUAUGCCAGCCGCACAGACACAGCCGCCGCCUACCGGGAGGUCACCCAGGCUACUGCUGGGCGCUUCCACUGGUUUGGUGACACAGGUAUUUACGAAAGCGAUGACAUUAACGCCAUCAUGUCUGAAAUGGAAAAAGCGCUCAACUACUCGCAGAAGUGUGCCUUGCUGGUGUCCUCCCUGAAGAACCAAUCUGGAAAGGAACUAGAGAGUGCAGUCCUCCUGAAAGCAAAGCCAAAGAUAUUCAAGCAAAGAAGUCAGCCCAAGAAACUCUGUUCUUCCAAACCCACAGCUUCCUCGGUGGCCAGAAUGAGCCUUAAAGAGGACCCUGACAGAGAGAAGAGAUCCCCCUUGCAAGUUCUGACAUGGCGGCCACUCAGUGGCAAAGCAGGCGUCCCACCAGCUGCAGCCCAGCCAGUGAAAGGAGGGACUGCACAACAGAGGAGGAAGACCAGGUGGAGGGAAGCAGAGACAUCUCUCUCACUGUUUUAUACAGAGACAAGGAAUAAUGUGGGUUCUGUAUACAAGAAGUACCCUCAAGGAAGGGGCAUACGAAGGGUUAAUUCUUCUAUACAGUUGCCAAGGAAGGAUACAAUUUGCUCAAGCCAAGAGUGGGUAGCGAAUUAUGGACUAAAAAAACUGAAGAUGGAAAUCUCCAGAUACAUGGGUCCCAGCUGCGCCCAUCAAAAAUCGGUCCAGGGGCUGGCGUCAGCCAAACACUGCGCCAUCCUGCCCAGCAUAGAAAUUAACGGGAGAGUGAGACAUAUCCAGUGGAUGCCCAGGGAAAUUGAAGUAUACAUCACGUGCCUGGAGAAGGUGAUGAAGCGCUAUGUCCAGAGGCUGCAGUGGCUGUUGUCUGGGAGCCGCCGACUGUUUGGCACCAUUCUGGAGCGCAAAGUGUGCAUCCUGGUGGACACGUCGGGAUCCAUGGGCCCCUACCUGCAGCAGGUGAAGACGGAGCUGGUUCUGCUGAUCUGGGAGCAGCUGCGGAAGCACUGCGACAGCUUCAACCUGCUUAGCUUUGCAGAGGACCUGCAACUCUGGCGGGACACCCUGGUGGAGACCACCGACGAGGCAUGUCAUGAGGCUAUGCAGUGGGUGACCCACCUGCGCGCUCAUGGGAGCACCUCCGUCUUGCAGGCAUUACUGAAAGCCUUCACUUUUCACGAUGUGGAAGGAUUGUACCUCCUGACCGACGGGAAGCCAGAUACAAGCUGCAGCCUUAUUCUGCGUGAAGUCCAAAGACUUACGGAGACAGGAGAUGUGAAAAUGCACACCAUUGCCCUGAACCACUCAGGCAGGGCAGCGGGUGACUUCCUGAGAAAUCUGGCCGCCCUCACGGGGGGCCGCUAUCACUGCCCCGUUGAUGAGGACACACUCCUCAGAAUCCAUGGCCUGCUGACCAAGGGCAUCAUGCACGAAAGGGAUUCCACGUUGCCACUGUUUGAAGGAGAUGAUUUAAGGAGAUUGGCCCAGGAGAUCACCAAGGCCAGAAGCUUCCUCUGGAAGGCCCAGUCCUUCAGGUCCCAACUCCAGAAGAAAAACAACACAGAACCAAAUGUCACUCUUUUUUAGAGAUGUGUUCUCAGGUAAGAGGAAAGGAGAAGCUCUUCAUCUUGUAAGUAUCCACCAAGGGCUGACAGCAGGCUCUGUAUCAUGGACAGCUGUAACUAUAGGGAGGGACCAGAGUGAUUCCUCUAAACAGAAAGGCCACCUCACAAAUAAUCACUCACUUUGCACACAUUGGCCCUGAGAAAGCUGUAACCCAGAGUUCCUCCCAAGAAACAGGAUUGCAGGCACCAAGGCUCUCUGGAUGCUGAGGGAGGGAAGGCUCUGGCAUCCUCGGUCUACCCUAAUGUUCCUUCCCUGUCUCCCAACAUACCCUACACGCCAGCCACAAAACUGUCACUCACUGGGAAGCCCUGCACCGAGGCCUGCCUGGAACCCCCUUCUUACCACCCUCUGCCUGAUGGCUUCUGCUCUUCAAUCAAGGCACAGCUCAAAUGACAUCAGCUCCACUGUGAAGAUGUUUCUGAGACCCGUUGAGAGCUGGGAGCCUCCAGCCUUCCUCCCACUGUAUCCUGGCCAAACAUCCCUUUUCAUAGCAGCAACACCUAGCAUUUAUUAUGCCUAGUACCCCAUGUCAUGCUUCCUUGUUUCCCUGCCAACUCUUCUCCUUGACUGUGAGCUCUACCCAGAAAUGAAGCUGGUGUCCUAACCAUCUCUAGGUCCCCAGAACCUGCCACAGGGCAGAUUGCAGUUAACUGGGAGCACCCAGCUCAGUUGUGGGAGCCCAGCUCUGGAAACCAACCAGAGGAUAUUGUUUCUACCCUAGUCCCCUCACUCAGUGCUUCCCAUCACCCUGGUCCACAUAAUGAAGAUUCACUGUCAGCCCACCUUGGGAGAAUAAACAAGUGGGCUUACCACCUGUCUGUUCAACCAAACAGAAUUAAAGUCUGCUCUGGAGCCAAGUCCAGAGAGAGUGCUCUGCUCAAACAGGUGCAAAUCAGGCUGGGCCCCAGCCCUACUGUGUACAUACAAAAUGAAUAUGUCAUGUAUUAUGUGGUCUGGGGUCAUAUCCUGAGACAAAAAAUUGCUGGUACUUAAUUAAAUAGGAGCAAAAUGACUUUUAAGCUGAA